GGGAUCGAGAUUCCUACAGUAAAAAAGAAGAUGGCGGUCAUGUUUCGUUCCUUCUUCUUUAACCUGUUUAGGUGUUCUUGGUUGACUUGACUAUGCAUUUCUUAGUUGUAAGCCACCAUGUUUCGGUUAAUAAACCCAGAUGUUACAGAGUCAGAGUGCAAUGCUAGAAAAGAAACAAAUGCCUCCGAAGGAUCGCUGAUCACGGAGUACAAAUCGCAAGCAGCAGACGGCUGUGAGCAAUGUCAAAAAACAGAAAACGAUCUCAUCGAAUGUCGAAAGAAAUUGGAGAGAACUCAAAGGCAGCUCACGAAAGCUAACGAUUAUAACGAGGAUCUGAGAAAACAGAUCCACAGCCUCAGCUCAGAACUUCAUGAAUUCAGGAGUAAAGCCAAGCGUAAAACCGACGUUAGCACGCAAGCAGAGUUUGAUAUUAAAAGCAGUCUUUGUGGGCAAGGUGAUGAAAAUACCACAUGUGAAAACUAUGAACAGGAUGCUAACAGUAAGCCUGAGAACUUGUCUAUUGCGGAUGAACUAAAGCAAGCAGCUGAGGAAGCUGUACAAGAGACGGGAUAUGUUUAUGAUGAGUCGUCAGGGCUGUACUAUGACAAAAACAGUGGAUAUUAUUAUGACCAUGAGACCGCCAUGCAUUAUGACCCCUACACUGGUACCUAUUACACAUACAAUUCCUACUCAGGGACUUAUGUCUUCCAUUCCCAAGUUGACCCCUCCUACAUACAAGACACUAACGGAGGACCGACCACUGCAAGUACCCAGGAUUAUCAUAAGAGUCAGACUCACCAGGACUCGCUCAAAUCGGAUGCACAGAAUGAUCGGGACUCGUUCAAAGAUUACCGAGAACCAGAAGCUGAGACUAAUGCUGCAUCAGCUACCACACCAAGCAAGAAAAAUAAAAAACGAAAAAAUAAAGCUAAAAAGGAAAAGACUUGCAAAGCUCAAAAGGUUGAAGAUGAUGAGGAAAAGUCUGGAUUGUUGGAAAAUUUGGAUGGGGAAAGUGAAACUAGGAAAGAGGACACAAAGUUUGAAAUAGAGGAUGGUGAAAUUCUAGCAGGGAUGGAAAACCAAGUGAAUUAUUCCACUGAGAGUGUUGUAACCUUAAGUCCUUCCCAUAUGGAUACAAUAGAAGAAAGUGAAUCGGAAAGCAAAUUCCAGGUCAGUGAAGCUGAGCUACAAGGACUGAACAGAAAACAGAGGAGAGAGAAAAUAAGGCUAAUGAAGAAAGCUUUUGAAGAAAAAAAAAUGCAAGGUAGUUUAAAAUCUUCCCAGAGGACAGGUAGUGGUUUUGAAUCUCCAGAGAAAAUGGAGAAAAGUGAUGAGCUCAAUUACAUAACAAACAAUGGAGAAGAACAGGAGAGGAUUGAAACAGGAUAUAGUAUGUUUGGUUGUGAUGAACUAUGCUCAACAUCCGGGUCCUCCAUUCUAAUGGAGGAAACUAGCACUCACUCUGACUGUGUUGUGUCAGAUUCCAGUGUUACGACCAAAAAUUCCACAUGUAGUCCUCAGGCGAACUUAAUACAGGGUUCUGUCAGCAACACCAUGGCAGGCAGUAAAUUGGAGAAGAAUGGUGAUACAGAGGUCGAGGAUUGUCGGAGUUAUGUGGGCAGUUGUACUACUCCUGCCUGCAGGGACUGUGGCCAAACUGAGUGUAAAAUUCAUAUCAGUCUUCAGGAGGAAACACUUUAUCAGGGAAACCUCAGUGAUGAUACACAAAAUGCUGUAGAUUAUGAUUUUGUGAUUAAAAUUAAGAAUGAAAUCAGUGAUGAUAAUCAAGGUCAAAGCACUAGUCAAAGUGUUGGAACCUGUAGUGACGAAGACUCGAAGAUAAAAGAUUCCAAAUCAAUGUUAAGCGAUCACAAUAAAUCGGUGGAACAGAAUUCAACAUUGAAAUGCUCAUCAAAUGUUGAUAUGCCAGUUUCUCCUAUUUCAACUAAAAGGAAUACCUCUAAUCUUGUGUGUGAUGAAGGUCAAUCUUGUGAUGAAAUAUCUGAGAGUGAGGACAUUGGCUCGCUUUGUACGAGUGAGUCUGAACUUGAGUCGGGCGAGUUAACAGAGAGCUCGGAGGAGAGUGAUGGAAGCUCGGAUGAGGACAUGAUCCAGGAAGAGGACAAUGGAGAGGAUCAAGAUCCACAUUCGUACCCGCCAUGCAUUCGACUGAUUGUGACAGACUCGGAUCAACUGGAUUAUGGAUCACUGUUUAUAAUCACUUGCGAUGGUGGAACGAUAGGGAGAGAGAAGAAUAUCGGAAAUGUCAUCAUCAUUCCGGAUAACAACAUCAGCAGGAUCCAUGCACAGUUAAAAUACGACUAUGACACACAUCAGUACCAUCUGAUUGACUUUGGAAGUCAGAAUGGAACAUUUCUCAAUGAACAGAGAAUAUCAGAACCUAAGUGUAGCAGCAGCUCUGUCCCUGUCAGUCACGGUGACUCGGUACAGAUAGGUUGUACGAGGUUUUUCCUGCACAUCCAUUAUGGCAAUGAAACUUGUGACCAGUGUGAACCUGGUCAAGUCCAGGCAGCUUUUCAAGCUCAGAAAACAAAAGAUAUUCCAAUAUUGACCAAAGAGGAGAAGAAAAAACAAGCAAGACAAGAACUAAAUCAAAUUAAGAAGAAAUAUGGACUGAAGAAUGCUGCUUAUGUAGAAAACAGUCAAGCUGUAAGUGAUUCAAAUUACCGAAACAGGGCUGAAGAGAGGAGGCAGACAAAGGGCAGUGACAAUCCUCAUCAGGUGGAUGAGGCCCCAGCCUCGGUUCACAGACCCAUCACAGAAAAUAAUGUGGGACACAGACUUCUGAAGAAAAUGGGCUGGAGUGAAGGGGAGAGCUUAGGGAAGGACAACUCCGGCAUUCAGGAUCCUGUUUCUGUGAGUUUCCGUGUAAACCAGAAAGCAGGUUUAGGAUCAACUGAAGCAUGCGCAAGUUCUUUGGACAAUAUCGAGACCACAAAUAAAAGCAAACGAUGGCUGGAGGCGCAGAAACGAUACAGGAAAGCUCUGGCUGAGAAACAAAUGCCAACUCCUGCAUGGGUCAGAAGCAGCAAGCUAAAACCCAAAGACUCACUGUAGAGCAAGGAAGCAAUGGAAAAGAAGUUGAUUACAGAGCUGAAAGUUGUUCAUAGAAAGUGGGACAGGAACCUGUUGUAAGAAGAAAGCUUGUAUUCCUGAUGGUGUACACCUUCUAGAAAAUACACCGGACUCUAAGAAUGAAAGUUUAUAUGAAUUAUAGACCUACACCGGACUCUCAGAAUGAAAGUUUAUAUGCAUUGUAAACCUACACCGGACUCUCUGUUAUGAGAGUUUUUAUGAAUUAUGAAGAGCAUGAAGAAUUUCUAGAAGUUGAUAGUUUGUGGUCGAAUGCUUGUAAUACUACAAAAUGCAUGUUGGUCCAUACAAUCUGAAAAGCUAUGAAAACCUAGCUCUGCCUAGCAUGUUCAAUAUUGGUCAACAAUAUUGAAAAGUAAUGAUGUCCUCCUAAAAUUAAUGAUGUCCUCCUGUAAAUACAACACUGAAAGGCAGCAUAGCUGAGUAUUACUGGUUUCGUAGGAGUGAAAUAUGGUCAAUUCUUUUUUGUUGUUUGUUAUAAUUUGCAUUUUCAAGUAAACGUAUGUGUACAUGCACAUAUUGAGACGUUAA